UGGCGGGCUGAGUCACUCUAUAGUCUGUUCUUCGCUGCUCGCUUCCUGUUGAGUUCCACCGGCCGGCCUUUCUGUCGCGCUCUCUUCCUUCUUCCUCGCCGGGAUGCCGCUGGAAAACCUAGAAGAGGAGGGUCUCCCGAAGAACCCCGACCUCCGGAUCGCUCAGCUCCGCUUCUUGCUGAGCCUGCAGCCUCAGUGUCCGGACCCCGCCGUGCGCCAGGAGCUCAUGGCCGCCAUCCGCCAGCACGAUAUGGCCCCAUUUUAUGAAUGCCUCUGCAAAUCGCUUGACUGGCAGGUAGAUACAGAUCUAUUGAAUAAGAUGAAAAAAGCAAAUGAGGAAGAAUUGAAACGCCUGGAUGAUGAAUUAGAAGAUGCAGAGAAGAACCUGGGAGAAAGUGAAAUCCGUGAUGCCAUGAUGGCCAAAGCUGAGUAUCUCUGCCGAAUUGGGGACAAGGAAGCUGCUCUAACUGCCUUUCGGAAGACUUAUGACAAAACUGUUGCACUAGGACAUCGGCUGGAUAUUGUGUUCUACUUGCUGCGAAUCGGCUUAUUUUAUAUGGACAAUGACCUUAUUACCCGGAACACUGAAAAGGCCAAAAGUCUUAUAGAAGAAGGAGGAGACUGGGAUCGGCGGAACCGGCUCAAGGUCUACCAAGGCCUAUACUGUGUGGCCAUUCGUGACUUCAAGCAGGCAGCAGAACUUUUCCUGGAUACAGUUUCAACAUUUACAUCUUACGAACUUAUGGAUUACAAAACCUUUGUAACAUACACAGUUUAUGUCAGCAUGAUUGCUUUAGAUAGGCCUGACCUAAGAGAGAAGGUUAUCAAAGGAGCUGAGAUUCUGGAAGUGUUGCACAGUUUACCCAAAGUGCGGCAAUAUCUUUUUUCACUCUAUGAAUGUCGGUAUUCAGUUUUCUUCCAGUCAUUGGCCACUGUUGAGCAAGAGAUGAAGAAAGAUUGGCUGUUUGCACCACAUUAUCGUUAUUAUGUUCGGGAAAUGAGAAUCCAUGCCUACAGCCAGCUCCUAGAAUCGUAUCGAUCACUUACACUUGGUUACAUGGCAGAUGCAUUUGGAGUCUGUGUAGAGUUCAUAGAUCAGGAACUUUCAAGAUUCAUUGCUGCUGGGAGACUACACUGCAAAAUAGACAAAGUCAACGAAAUAGUAGAAACCAACAGGCCUGACAGCAAAAACUGGCAGUACCAAGAAACCAUCAAAAAAGGAGAUUUGUUGUUAAACAGAGUGCAGAAGCUUUCUAGAGUAAUUAAUAUGUAAUUUUUCAAAGUAAAGCAAAAAAGGAACGCACCAUUUAGAACCAUUCUGGAAAUAAUUAUCACUAUAUUAUAUACCCUGUACUGUAGCUCAGGAGAUGUAACCAUGGUGUAGUUAGGGCUUUUGCAGUCUAUUUCAUGGUGUAAACAACUGAACUGUAUGAAUAUUCAUGUUUUUCUGAUCAUUGUCAUUUAUUAAAUGUACAGUACGGUUGACUGUUUUGUUCUUGA